AUGGCCGACAUGCACGAGCUAUUGACCACAGUCAGAGAUAUUUAUCAAAAAGUUAGCGAACUGUAUGGCCUGAUCAAGGAUCGCGAACAAGAUCUAGUCGUUGUCGACAAAGCAGACUCUCUAAUGGAAGAUGCAAAGACCGAUCUUCUCUACCUCAAUGAUUGCAUCCACCAGUACGGUAACGAGAUGCAGCGUCCAGACCAGAAUACUGAUUUCAUGCACAACAAAACUUCAGGAUCCUCUCACACCUCAUUCGACGGUACAGCCAAUAACACCACUACGAAAAGCACCGAAACCCCGCUGGGAGAUGAGAUGAAGCGUCAGGUCGAAAACACUAUGAGACGCAUGGCCGAGUUGCUAAAAAGGAAGAACAAUUCCACCGACAACGGCAUGGGCUAUGAUGACGCCGACUUUGACAUACUCUGA